AAAAAAACAAAAUAAAAAAAGCAGACUUUGCGAAAAGCGAAAGGUUUCUUCGUCAACAUGGAAAGAACUUAGUGGAAACUUCUUACUAACUCAGAUUGUGAGGAGAUUAGCUUUACUUACCUUAGCAAGCUCUGAUCUUCCACGACGGUAGAGAAAGAGAGACAAAAAGAGUGAGUUUUGGUUCACUUUUGCUUCAGAAUCAAGUGUGUUUUCUUCUCUCUAGAAUCUCCGGCGAUGUCUACGGCGGAGGCGGAUUACGUGAAGGCCAAAACAUCGGUUUGGUGGGAUAUAGAGAAUUGCGAGGUACCCAGAGGUUGGGAUGCGCACGUGAUUGCCCAGAAUGUGAGUUCGGCUUUGUUGAAGAUGAAUUAUUGUGGACCUGUCUCAAUUUCGGCUUAUGGCGAUACCAAUCUCAUCCCUCUCCAUCAUCAACAAGCGCUUUCUUCUACUGGUGUUGCGCUUAAUCACAUUCCUGCAGGAGUGAAAGAUGCGAGCGAUAAGAAGAUUUUGGUGGAUAUGUUAUUGUGGGCGAUAGACAACCCUGCCCCAGCGAAUUUCUUGCUUAUCUCUGGUGACAGAGACUUUUCUAACGCUCUCCACCAGCUUCGAAUGAGGAGGUAUAACAUUCUUUUGGCUCAACCUCCACGGGCCUCUGUGCCGCUUGUUGCUGCUGCUAAAGAUGUAUGGCUCUGGACAACCCUAGCCUCCGGAGGUCCUCCUCUUACAAGUUCUGAAUCCUCUCUACUCUUUUGCAAUGGGCGUAUUCAUGUCUCUAAUAAAGAAGUGCUGAAACAUCCGGUUUCUGAACAAGCUCAGCCCAGCCAACCACCUGGUUCUACUUCUAAAGCUGGUGAUACUAUGGAUCACAAAACCAGAGGAUUGCCUCAGGAGACGAUCAAAAAUAUGCCUCAGAAUGGCAGAGGAGCCACCGGUGAAUCCUCUCUACUCGUCAACAAUGGACAUGGUCAUGUCCCUAAUUAUGAAGUGUCGAAGUAUCCAGUUUCUGAACCAGCUAAGUCCAGCAAACCAACUGAUUCAACUUCCGACUCUGGAGAUACUAAGGAUCACAAAACCAGAGAAAACCACUUUCCAAGAGGAUCACCUCAAGAGACGAGAAAAAAUAUGUUUCAGAAUGGCAGAGGAGCCACUGGUGAACCUAAUACUACUUGCAGAAUAUGCAAUGUUGUAUGUGAUAGCUUUGAAAAAUUCACCGCUCACCUCUCAGAUAUAAGGCAUAUAUCUCAGGCUGCCUUUGUAGGAAGUCGCAGAGUUCCGGCCAGCGUUUCAGCCAAACCCAUACAGGAAGCAGUUCUUGUCGAACCUUUGUUGUGCAAAGUUUGCCAGAUAAGCUUUACCAACAAAGAUGCAUAUAAAAGUCACACCUAUGGAAAAAGACACCGAAAGAACUUGGAACUGCAAUCAGGUAAGUCCAAAAACAUUUUGGUGGGACCAGCUGAGCCGUCCAAGGAGGUUCUAGAGAAACAUAAGAAGAAUAAGAAGGUGUUGAUUGAAGGUAGAGCUAAGACAAACGCUGAUUUCGCUUGUCGUUUGUGCAAUGUGGUGUGCCAGAGUCAGAUUGUCUUUGAUUCUCAUCUGCGGGGUCAGAAGCAUGCUAACAUGCUGAGUCAAUCAGAGGCACCCUUUGAUUCUAAUAAGCUUCAAGAGAAAUGUGUCGGAGAAAAGGAUCAACCAGGAGAAACAUUUGCAGAGCCUCAGUUGCAGUCUCAAAAGGCUCACGAGAAUACCAAGUGCUUUGAGAAGCAUGUUUCCAUGGCGAAUGAAUCAGAGGUACUAGUUGAUUCUAAAAAGCUUCAAGAGCAAGCUGUUGAAGAAAAGGAUCAACCAAGUGAAAUAUCUGCACAGCCUAAAGUAAUCGCUAAACAUGUAUGUCGUUUGUGCAAUGUGGUGUGCCAUAGUCCAAUUGUCUUUGAUUCUCAUUUAAGGGGUCAGAAGCACGCUGCCAAGCUGAAUGAAUCAAAGGCACUUAUUGAUUCUAAGAAGCUUCAAGAGAAAGGUGUCGGAGAAAAGGAUCAACCAAGAGAAACAGUUGUAGAGCCUCAGUUCCAGCCUCAAAACGCUCAAGAGAAUAACAUUUGUUAUGGAAAGCAUGUUGUCAUGGUGAAUCAAUCAGAGUUGGAUCAGGAACUCAUUUAUGCUAGGGAGCUUGAAGAGAAAGAUGUCCGAGAAGCUCAACCAAAAGAAACAAUUGCAGAACCUCAGUCGCAGUCUCAAAACACUCAAGAGCAUACCAAAUUCUUUGAGAAGCAAAACGAAGAGUUGAGAAAGAUUUGUGGCACAUCAGAAAGCAGUGUAAAAGAACUUUUUCCAAGUACCAAACACCGUGUCGAGACUGUUAACAAACAGAUUCCAAAUGGAGAAUUUUUGUUUGGUGACAUAAUUUCUGAUUUUGAAGUAGACAGAGGAGCAAGAGAAUUUUCUGGUGCCAUUGUCAAGCCUGUGAAACUCUCCAAAGGAGCAACUGUGCAUUCAAUGGAGGUGAAAAAUAAGAAAAAGGAGGUGACGGUACGCCAAGCAAUACCAGCUGCAUCUAAACUUUGUCAUCUUUGCGUAGUGAUUUGUGAUAGCCGGGGUUUGUCAACAGUUGUUUGUGAUAGCAAAGCUCAUUGGCCGAAUCAAAAGCAUACUACCGCCGCCUUUGGAGCCGGCGAUGUUGCUCAGUCCAGUGUUUCAACCAAACCUAUGAAGGAACCAGAGGGUUUGCAGCCUGUGUGGUGCCAAAUCUGCCAGAUCAGCUGCAACAGCAAGGUUGUAUAUGCAAGUCACACCUAUGGGAAAAAACAUCGACAGAACAUGGAAUUACAAUCAGCGAAAAACGAAAAUAUGGCUAAGGGACCUGCCAAGCUUUCUAAAGAUUAUGGAGAGAAAACGAAGAAAGUACCAUGCAAAAACGAAACAACCUUUGAUUCUCAACUGAAGAGUCAGAACCAUUCGGCCAUGAUCAAGGAGCCUGCAGAGGAGGCAUUUGUUAAUUCAAGGAGAACUCCACAAGAAUUCAACCAAGAAAAACCGAGAGAAGCAUUGGAGCAGUUCAUUGUUGACUCGAGGACAACCCGAGAAGAAACCGACCAAGAAAAAGAAAUAACAGAGGAGCACACACUUGUAAAGAUGGAUGAUGUUGGGUUUCGAGGGGCACUAGAAGAUAAAGUGGAAUUGAAGGAGAGACAAGCCGUAUCUGAGAAUUUGGUGCACCGUGUCUUCACUGAACAGAAUCGAGAGUCUAGAAUCCCCAAUGAACCAAGAGGAUAUUUGGAUGUGAUUCCUGAGAGAGUAGAACUGCCACCAAAUGUGAAUGUGGCCAAGAAUUUGGAAGAUGAGCCGGAGCAUAAACCCGAACCAAAAGCACAGGAACCCAAAAACAAGUCUGCAGGACGCAAGGAUCAUCCUGGAGAGGCUGCCAAAAGGGAAGAGAACAAGGGACAAGCUGAUAACUUUUGGACUCGCCUUUGGGGGAAAAAGGUUUAAAAUAUUGUUAAUUCUGAGGCUGGAAUAUGAUAUAUUGAUAUGUUGGAAACUAUAACAACUUGGUAAGUGAACUUUAGCAUGUUAAUUCAUGUUUAUGUUGUCAACAAUGGAUGUUCUUUUAAAUAGCAGACAUAUGUUUUAUU